CUGAACCCUGAACCUGACUGAUGGAAAUCCGCACUUGCUACAUGAACGCUGCACCUGGCUGUGGGCCAUGCGUGCUAGACAGGUGGUGCGGAAUAGCGCGGCGGCUGUGGAGAAUUCUUUGCUCCUGCGCCUGUCUACUGAUGGGGGGACGUGGCCGUUGCAGGUGCUAACGUAGAUGGCUCGGCAGCUUGAGUCGCGCUAGGAUGCGUGAGUUGGAUGUCUAGGACGUUGACAUGGACAUGGCCGUGCACCAUUGUUGGUGCACGUGCACCGAGCCCGACGGGAAACCUGAGGGACACGCGUGAGACUAGCAGUACCCCGGCGGGGGCGGGCCAAAACCCCAAACCCAACGGGAGAGACAGCUGUCUGAGUGGGCAAUUGGCCACCAACGGGGCAGACCGUCUGCCCCGGUGGUGAUUGACACUGAAUGCUUUCAUAAGGGGUAAAAUAGCUCGUAUGCAGGGGAUAUGGUGCACGCUGGCACCAGGGCAUGUGGCGCGAGGCAGGGCGACCCUUCUCCCUUGCUGUGGCUCGGUAAUGCCGAAUGCAGAUGCUUGAACCAUCGGCUAGCGGCAUUGCAAAUAAUCACCUUGGGCGAAGGGUGGGUGUUAACGCAUACUGGACUGGGGACCAUGGGAAAGGUGCGCACCCUGGGGAGUGCUCCUUUGGAGGGAUCCAGCGGUGCUGAAUGCCCUGCCUUAAUGAUGGCAAAGCAUAAUGGGUAACACAGACGGCGCGGGAGGUAGAGGUGGCCGAAGGGGGGGGGCGGCCGGGCGCCGGGGUGGGGAGGCGCGGCGACCGUGGUGCAGCACUGACGGCGAGUGAGAUGCCCGCGCAACGGGAGGCCGUGUCGCAAGGACCAAGGCGUGUGAGGACCUGGGUGCUGGGCACUCUUGCUUGAUCGGACUGUCCCCUCUUGUAAUGUCGCUUUCAUAAGGCCACGACCAACCCAGACCAUUCACUCUUGUAAUAUUGUUCGGUACCUAGACGCUUAGUGUGGUUUCUGUGUUUGCAGGUAGUGGGUAGCCCUCGUGGUCGCCCUUGGCCCGGCGCAACGGCUGGCGCAUCGAUGCCUCGCCUGUGUGCGCCUCGGCGUCUUGCCUCGUGGCGCCCAAUCAGCCGUCGUCUCUGUCUGCGGUCUUCCUGGCUCUGCAGAUUUUAGCCCUGGGGGUUUUAGCUCGCAGCAUACGGUUCACGGACCGGUAGGCGCGUGGUGACCGCAGUCGGGUAGUCCCGGGUUUGGGGUGUGUGUGCACGGGCGGCUGUUGCCCGGGCGCCCGGGCGACUGUUGGCUCUUCUCGUCUCCGAGUGCCGCUGGGGCUUGUGUGGAGGGUCGGCCUGGGUCGUUGGUUGGACGGAUGGCGGGUGGUGCGCCCUUUGCGAGGGGCUGUGGUGUGCUGUGGCUUGGUGGUGUUUCGGCUUGGCUUCCGGUUCCAGUUGUGCCUCGGCACAGACUAUCAGACAUGGGCCUUCGGGCCAAGACAUUGCGCGUCUCUGACGCCAGACAUCGUCUUCGGACGUGAUAUUUGUGUGGUGCUUGCGUUUGAUGGGGCUGUCGGCAGACCACUGGCCUGUCGUGCCUUGUUUUGCGUUGGUGCUGCCGCCAAAAGACCUAAACGAGAUGAGGGGUGUUACGUGGCGGUGGGGCUUUGGCGGGCUUUGGCUUGGCUUCGACUCAUGCGCGUAACGCUAUGAAGGUCGGCAGUCAACCAGGUUACCAGGGGGUGGGUGUUUCUCUCUGGGCCGGAGACGGUCCUUCGCGGCGUGGGUACGGUGUGCCCCCGCUUGUCGGACUGUCCCUUCAAUUGUAAUUCGCAUCCUUA